AUGUUUAUUUUUUAUUUGCUUGCAAUAGCCAAACUUCAAAGGAUCACACAACCUACAUUAACUAAAAUAAAUGAGCAAAUAUUGCACACAGAAUACAGUCCCAAUGUUGGACAGACAUUGUUAUUGCAAUACAACAGUUAUCCUGGGGUUUACGAUAUGAAGCUCAAUUAAAUCAUAGAUGGCCAAUCCAUUGAAAUGAUGCCCAAUACAACACUUGAUCCAUUUACAUUGCCUGAUUGCUAUCCAUACGCAAGAAGAUUAGUGUAUCAAGACCUCUUCAUGGAAACAUUCGAAUCGAAUUCUACCAAUGCAUUCUUUACAGCUCUUUACAUUGAGACUAACUAAGUCUUUGCAACCAGAAGUGAUAAUCAUUUGAUCGUAAUGGACAUUGAUUUUGAUGGAGAUAAUAUAAAAAAUUUCAAAAGAGUAAAAAUCAUAUAGAUACCAUCAAUUAAACCAACGAGUGAUUCACAUUAGAUAGUGUGCAAUACAAAUAGUUGCAUAAUCUUCACAUUGUAAGAUGCAUUCAUAGUGAAUACCCUAACCGAUUAAUUUACUCAAUUGAAUUUGAAUAAAAAAUAAACACCCCAACAUAUCCAUUAUUGUGAAAAGUUGCAGACACUCUAUGCCGCUUAUGGUAGAGAUGGUGUUGAUGUGUAUCUGUUUGAUAAUAAAAACAAUUUCGAAUAUCUCACAAGUUUGAAUCUGAAUGGUAACUUUUUGGAAGUCUUGACAAAUGAAGAAAGCACUCAACUCUAUUUGUUAAAUGCUGAUGUGGGAUUGUUAAUUUAUGAAAUAUUUUCAGUCAGUCAAUAUGAGGAUACUGGUAUCAUCAUCUAUCUAAAAAACGUUGUUUCCUUUGAUUUCUAUAAAAAGACUUUCAUUCUAGUUGCCAACACUGAUUCUGGCGAUCCCUAUGCCAUCGAAGUCUUCCUACAAAGCAAUGAUUAUUACUUCAAUAGAAUCUAUUCCAAAGACAUGGAUAUCUUCGAUGUUUAUAUGGGGGAACAAUACGCCAUUCUGAUUGGGUAAGAAAUUCAUAGAGUAAUCUACCAUUCAAUCUACAACAAACAUAUGAAUAAAAUUGAUGUUCCAUUAUACUUUGAAGAUUUUGAUUUAGAAAACGUAGAGGAAUUCAGAGUUAAGACUUAGAAAUUAUACAAUCAAAAUGCAUUAGAUUUUGAACCAUUCUAAAAAGCUACCAUCUAUUACAAAUAAGCAUUCAUGGUUGGCAUAUCUGAUAAUGAUAUCAAUAUCUUUGCCAUCAAGAGUGUUUUUCCUUGGUUACAAUGCAGACCCCAAUCAACUGAUGUCACACAUUAUUCCUUAACUAUGAACUCCACUUAAUGUAGCACCAAAGAAUCCGACAACGAUUACUCUCCAUUUUCAUAAUGUGUCAUCUAUCAUAAUUUUACAGUUUCUGGCAAGGAAAUUCUCUUUUUUGAAGAAGAUGAAAAUUUAGUCAUUGCUCUUGGUAGUGUUUUAGGUGGUCUAAUAAUACUGUUACUCGCCGUUUUGUUGUUGUGUAGAAGAAUACUACAUCAGAAAUUGAAGAACUACACCAUAAUGAAUGAAGUACCUGUAAAAGUGGAAGAUAUCCCAUUAGAACCAAUGGCUGGUGAAGAUGCACUUGUGUCAUGA